ACUAGAAAAUGCUGAAAAACAGUCACUAAAGGCUAAUCACAGAGAGACAAGUAAAAAUGACAUAGAAAAUGUCAAGUUAGUCUCUGAAACAAUCUUUCACUGGGAAACAAAUACAGGAAAAUGCGAGGCAGUGCCCAGUCAGGAUAUACUGGCUUGUGUUAGUUCUAGUAUAACAAAACCCCCUGAUUUUGAAACAAAUCAAAUAGAAAAACAUGAUGAAACCUGUAGAGUGAAUGACUGCAGACACGAAGAUCUUCAUCUUGUAGCACCUGUGAGUACAGGUGCGCAGAUGGCAGAAGCAGAGGAGACCUGCUCUUUUAACCAUGGUGGAGAUCCAGGACGGGAGCAGGUUUCCUGCACAUCUACUGAAGUCUCUGAUGCCUUACGUACUAGUGCACUGAUGGGACACAAACCAGAACUGAUAGGGGACGAAGUGGAAGGCGGACUUCCCUGGGAGAAAGACAACAGUGACUCCAGCAGCAGGUACUGCAAACGUCCAUGUGGGAUAAGCAGACUUGCACACCACUUCACACAAAAAAAUGCCGUAGCCACAAUUAAAGGGCCUAUGUUAAAUGGUGAACUGGGUUUCGUGGGAAAUUCAAGGGUGAAUUUUGGAGAAAUGGAGUUAUGUGACACUCUUGCUGGGUAUUCCUGCUUGGCUGGUGUUCACCCUACCCAAGUGGACAGACACACAGCUAUUCCUCAUGAUGCGCUACACGCAGUUCCUGUCAUUCCAGGUGGCAACAAAGAAAUAGAAGUACCAACUAGUGAGGACUAUGUUUUAUCACUCUCAGAAGACAGUAAAAAUAUAUCUGACAACCGCUCAAAAGGGGGUUUGCAGAGCUUCCCAGAGGAAUUGUAUUCCCAGUUUUUAAAUGAACUUUCCUAUUAUCCGGUGGGAGGGUUGGCAAGUCACAUGUUUUCUGAAAGCCUGGCUGGUGGUUGUACCUAUCCAGUGGGCUGUCUGUGGACUAACACAGUUGUGAAAAGUUCACUAGAAGAUGAACAAAUACUUAUUGGUGACUUGCACAGUCAGUCACAGGACUUCGAGAUCUCUCCCUUUUGGAUGGAAAAGCUCCCUUAUCAGUUACCAGUGGCUGAAGAUGGUGUUAUUUGGGGAUGGCAAAAUAGAGGUGUACAGUUAGUACCAACAGCCAAGGUUUCAGAGCUAAACCCCAAUGCAAAAGUAUGGGGGACACCUGUGUUACAUUUGGAGGCAGGUAGUGCAGCAGAUGGUGGUGUGAGCGCAUCCUGGGAGGACACGCCCUGCCAGCACUCCAACUACAGCCAGGAAGAAUUGGAUGCCAAUGGUGAUGGUGACAAAAGUCAUCAGAAUGCAGCACUGUCAGAGUUACAGGAGUCGGACCAAACAGCCAUGAACACUUUGGCUCUGGAUCACUCCGAAUAUGAAUCUCUGCCUGAAAAUAGUGAAACAGGAGGAAAUGAUUCUAACCCAGAAAGCCAGGAAGACCCCCGAGAAGUACUUAAAAAAACAUUGGAAUUCUGCUUAUCCAGGGAGAACCUUGCUAGUGACAUGUACCUUAUAUCGCAGAUGGACAGUGAUCAGUACGUGCCAAUCACCACAGUGGCUAAUCUGGACCACAUCAAGAAGCUCAGCACUGACCUGGACUUGAUUGUCGAAGUGCUGAGAUCUUUACCUUUAGUCCAAGUGGAUGAGAAGGGAGAAAAAGUAAGGCCAAAUCAAAAUCGUUGCAUAGUAAUAUUACGUGAAAUCCCUGAAUCCACCCCUGUAGAAGAAGUAGAAGCACUAUUUAAAGGAGAUAAUUUACCAAAAUUUAUAAACUGUGAAUUUGCCUAUAAUGAUAAUUGGUUUAUUACAUUUGAAACAGAAGCUGAUGCACAACAGGCUUACAAAUAUCUGCGAGAAGAAGUGAAAACUUUUCAAGGAAAACCAAUUAAGGCACGGAUAAAAGCAAAGGCAAUAGCUAUAAACACAUUUUUGCCAAAGAAUGGAUUUAGGCCCCUGGACAUGAGCCUUUAUACGCAGCACCGUUACACAGCAUCCUUUUACUUACCUCCCAUCUAUAGCCCCCAGCAGCAGUUCCCUUUGUAUAGCCUGAUUGCUCCCCAGACGUGGUCAGCAACACACAGCUAUCUUGAUCCACCCUUGGUAACUCCAUUUCCAAAUACUGGAUUUAUAAAUGGGUUUACAUCUCCAACCUUCAAACCUGCAGCAUCUCCUCUGGCUUCACUCAGACAGUACCCUCCGAGAAGCAGGAAUCCUAGUAAAUCCCAUCUGCGCCACGCCAUUCCUAGUGCAGAGAGAGGACCUGGGCUGUUAGAAAGUCCGUCGAUAUUUAACUUCACCGCGGAUCGAUUAAUUAAUGGUGUGCGGAGCCCACAAACAAGGCAGACAGGCCAACCUAGAACCCGCAUACAGAACCCUCCAGCUUAUGCCAAGAGAGAUGCAGGAACCGGGCGGGUGGAGCAGAGCAGUCUUGAAUCCUCUCCUGGCUUAGGUAGAGGCAGGAAAAAUUCCUUCGGUUACCGGAAGAAAAGAGAGGAGAAGUUUACAAGGAGUCAGACCCAAUCUCCAACGCCACCAAAACCUCCAUCCCCGAGCUUCGAAUUGGGACUGUCUAACUUCCCCCCACUGCCUGGGGCAGCAGGCCACUUGAAGACUGAGGACUUGUUUGAAAACAGGCUAUCUAGCUUGCUACUAGGAUCAAAGGAAAGGAGCCUCAGCGCAGAUGCAAGCACGAGCACUCUUCCCGCAGCGACCCCCAGAGAGCCCCCAGGGCCAGCCCCCUGCACCCUGUCUGUGGCCCACGAGCGCACCCCUUCCCCUACCCACCUGCCCGAGGACCCCAAGGUGGUGGAGAAGCCAAGGGAAGCCCCGAGUGCAGACAGACUUAUUUCCACCACCGCCAGUAAAUCGGUGCAGGUGAACGGCACCACCACGGAACUGCGAAAACCCAGCUACGCCGAGAUUUGCCAGAGGACGAGUAGAGAGCCUUCGUCCUCCCCGUUGCCACCUCCAAAAGAACAAAAGCCAAACACUGUUGGUUGUGGGAAGGAAGAAAAGAAGCUCGUGGAGAGAGAGCCCCCUGCCCCCAAGUCCAACCCAGGACCACCCAGGGACCAGAGGAGGCCAUCGGGCCGCCGGCCCUCACCCCCGCCUGCAGGGAAGCGUUCACACAGAGAACAGAGCUCCCCUCCCAGGUCCCCUCAGUGAGCGCCAAGGUCAGGGAGGGCUGUGAGGAGCUGAGGUCGCCACAACUAAGCACUGUCCCACUUGGUACCGAGAAUGAGCCGCUGGUUAGGAGCUUGCAGUGUAGACGAGGCCCAUGAGAUGCCUGCAAGUUAUUUUUCUUCUCAGUCGGAUGUUCCCCCCUCUUGAAAAAAUCUAUUUUUCAGGAUUUAAUUAAUAUAAACCUUAUUUUAGGUUGGUGCUUAACUGGAGGUGAUGCAUAAGUCUGAUUUUUUUCAGGAUAGAAAAUGCAUUUAUCCUAACAAAUUGAUAUUUUUUAUUAAGCCUCCAUGUGGCUAUGAAUGCAAGCUAUAAAUAGUGAGUUUUUCUAAAUUAAGCGGAACUGUGCUACUUUAUUUUUUAAAAUAACUGGUUAGCAAGUGCAUAUCUCUAAGAAUGUCAGACUGAUGGGCAAAUGGGCGAAGCUGAGGAUAGUGGGUUGAUGGCACGAGGCGAUGUUGUGGGUGUAGCCUGGAGGAGGGAUGGGUUAAAUGGUACCACACACUGGCCUGGGCCAUGUACUCACAUUCAGAAUCUUAACUAGUGAUCCUAGCUUUUUGUAAAAAGUACAGUCCAGUUUUUUAUCUACUAGCAGAAUGAACUUGCAGAGAGCCCCUGAGAGCCUAAAACCUUGAGUUUCGAUGCACUGCAAGCAAGUAACCAGCUCCUCACUCCAGUCUCAGUGGCUAUUAUGUAAGAUAAAUUCAAAGCACAUUGUGAAUAGAACUUAAAUGAAAACAAACUUUGUUGCCCACUGACAUGUUACCACGACAUUGUACCCUGGUGGUGUUUGAUUCCCAUGAGCUGGCAGGAGGGCUGGGAGCCCACGCAGCUCCCGAGUCUCCCAUACGGUUGCUGGCUUCCACGGGCCUCUCCCCGUACCUCCGCAUUGGCACUCGGACUUAACGUCACUUAAUCGUGGGAGAGUGUGUGUGGUGCCCUGUGGUGGUGGAGGGUAAGAAUUCCCACUCUCUUUACCUCCAAGAUGAGGAUCUCACUGAUUUCCUUCUGGAAGUGCUGCACUCUGAACCCGCAUGCACUAAAGCUAGCAGUUUAUAAUAAAGUUAAAUAUAAAUUAUUUUCUUUUAAAAUGCCUAAAUUUUUUCUUUAAGUAUUCUAAGCAGCAGACAUUACGAGUAUUUCCUGCUAAAUGUAACCAUACAAGUUUAUUCCACAAAAUGUUAUUUAACAAGACUGAGGGUUUUUUUAAAAAAAUUAUUUCCAUCCAAUAUUUAAAGACUUGAAUUUUAUUUAAACUUGAAAAUGACUUUGCCUUAACUUUUGUAUAAGACAGCGUAGAGUUCCUGGAGACCGGCCCCUGGGUUGGCGUGAGUGGAUUGCAAUUACUCAGUGAUGUGGGAUCUACUGGCACUAGUUUUACUGAGUAAGCGUACUGGAGUACGAGAACUAGCCGUCAUGUUUGUAAUAUACCUUGAAGAUCUUACACAGUUGAUCUUUUUUCAGAUUGUUGAAAAAUCCUGUAAAUGCAAAUAGUCGAUACUGUAUUAAAUAUGUGCACUUGGGAGUGUGUGCUUAGCUUGUACAGUUGUAAAUAAUCAGAACAUAUUAAAAAGGUACCCUAAAGAGAAAAAUCUGAUAAAAAUUAUUGAUAUAUUAUAAAUGUUGCUAUUGAGCUGGAUGUAGAUAAACUAAAUGUUGUGGUUUGAAUAUUAUUUUAAUUUGUUGAGGUUUUUCUUCCCUCUUAAACUGGUGUGUUGAGCUGACUCUGCCUCUUUGCUACUGCAGAGGGAAGUAGACAGUCUCAUGAAAGCCUUUGGAUGUGUCCAUGCUCUUCCUAAAAGUAUGUAAAUAUGUGCUAAUCAUAGCUGGUGUGAAAGGGUUUUUGAAGUGUAAUGUAGAAAGCAGAAACUGGCAGUAUCUUCAAAGGAAGUGAAAAAUAAUCUACUACUGAAAAUCACCAAUAGCCCAGCAUGAUUUACCUUGCCGGAGGAAGACGCCCUCCUCGAGCAGCCAGCAUCGUUUAUACACCUAGAAGUACACCACAGUGCUAACAUUUUGCAAAUGCCUCUAAAAGGAACGUGGAGAUUAUUUCUUUGUGGUUGCCAGAUAGCUGAUAAAAAAACAGAAAUAAGUGACCUCUUAUGCCCAAACUAGUGAGUCCCAUAAAGAGAGUUGGAAAGGCAAGCUCCAAGCUUAGGAAUUCCUUAGUGUGGUCUUUGCUGGAGGAGGGAGCCACGGUCAUCCCCAAAUCGUAUAAAGACAAAGCCUUUCUCUCUCUGAGGUGGUGCCUGCUGGAGCUCCACCAUAGCUGGCAAGUGAAGAGCUCAGCAGCUGCAUACAGGAUGAAGGUGGUCACUGACCGCAGCAGGCCAGUCACUGGGCAUGGUGUGGCUGCGCUGCUGCAACUGCUUCCACAGCCACAGUGUGUGGCAUCCAGAGUUGAAAUGUUGCUCUGAUGGAUUUUUAUAACAUCCUUUUUAAUUAAGCAAAGGUGAUAUGCCAAAUAGCUGUAUGAUGUCCAAAAAACCACCUUUCUGAUACUACUAUUGAGAUUUUCUACUCACAGGAAAGAAUGGGAGUUGGUACAACAGGGAAGCUGUGAUGUAGAUGGCAGCUGUCACACGCAGCUAGUAGUAUAUGGCUUUGUACAUUUUAAAUAAUGUAACUCUUUGUUUUCCCCCAGCAGUAUUUUGAGGUAUAGAAUCAGAGAUACAGCGAUCACAAAUGACAUUUUAACUUGUACAAUUGUGUGAUGAUGAUACUUUGGAAAUAUAAGAAUCUGGCCCCAUUUUUGCAGACAUGAAUUUCAAGUAUUGUAGUUGCUUCUUAAAGAGUUAGUGUCAUGAUGUUUCUGAUCAGGCCUUCCUGUAGUCUCAUCACCAGCUGGCACUAGCUGUAGUCAGGAGUACUGCAGGUUGUUUCUCACGAGGUCAGGUGAGGAGGGUGUGAACUUGUGAGCUGUCGGUAGGGGUUACACAGAAAGCAGCAGACAAUCGAAGACUGAAGGAGAGCCAACAGCUGCCAGUUCACAAAAUGAGUGUAAUGUGGACGCUUUCUUGAGGGUUUUGUUUUGUUCUGUUCUUUUAAUUAAGACUGGAAUCAAGCUUACGUGUAACUAUUGGUAAUUUAAGUUUCCUUUUGUGUCAUUCAGUGUAAAACUGUCUAAUUUGAAAAAAAAAAAUGUAGGUUAUGAAAAAUAAAGAUUUAGGCACUGUUCAGUUUUUCUUUUGAUUUUUUUUUUAAAAUUAAAAUAUUCUUGAAGAAUGUACCUUUUUAAAAGUAACUUUUUGUGUAUUCCUGUCUGUACAUGAGAAUGAAAUACAAGUUUCCUCCAACUUGUGUUUGGAUCAUAAAGGCUUCUGAGCACACGUGUGAGUUUUCUGCAGCAUGAGGGUUCUCCCCAGUUGGUUUGUUUUAAGGUAUUCAGAGCAAGCAUUAAAAUCAAGUGUUCAUGAGGAAACUGUUCAUUAAACCCAAGAUUUACCACAAAAGUAAGUAUCCCUGUGUCAGGAUCUUUUGUUUCUUGUGUUAAAGGGCCAUGUCUUGUGAGAUGUCUCCAUAGUGUCACUCUGAGCUGAUGUUGGGGUCAUGUGGUUUUCAGACCAUUAAGUGAGCCUCAAAAACAAAGUUACUGAUCUUUCCGUAAACAGUGGUGAUACCAGCUCUAGUAAAAGGCUGAAGGAGGAUGAAACUUCUUAGUAUAUUAUUUAUUUAGUGGACAGAUGAUCCGAUUAGAUGUUAAUUGACCAAUUUUCUUUUAUGAAUUGCCUGUUCAUAUCCUUUUUCAUUUUUCUACUAGGUUAUCUUUUACUUACUGACUUGGUACUCUUUAUGUGUUUUGGCUACUGGCUAGUAAUUCUUUGUCUGUUAUAUGUGUUACAAAGAUUUUCUGAAUCUCUUAACUUUAGAGUAUUUUUUAUCUUACAGUUUUUAAUUAUCAUGUAAAAUUAAUCAGUCUUUUCCUUCAAGUGUCUUGGUUUUGUUUAUGAAAUCUUUCCCUACUCCAGUCAUAAUCUCUUUUUGUGUGUAUAUAUAUAUAUGUCUUUAGUCCGUCUGGAGUUCAUUGAUCUGUAUGUGUGUGUAUGGUCUGAAGUAAGAACCCAACUUUUCCAUCAUAUGGGACGUUUCUUUUUCCUGUAUCACUAGUUCCUUAUUUCUCCACUGAUGUGUAAAGCCACUCUUGUUACAGAGGUCCCACACAUGCAUGCAUCUUUAUGUGGCUCUUAUUCUACGUUCUGUUUCUUUGCUGACACCAUAGAAUGCCAUUCACCCAUCAUUCUGUGUUCCUAAGAAUUUCCUUUGUAGAGCUCAUCACAAUGAUAACUAAAUGUGCUCCAUAAAGGUGGGAAUUAGGCCCAUCUGGAUCACCAUUGUAUCCCGUUCUUUGUACACUGUGACAUAGUAGAUGCUCAAUAAAUAUUUAUCAAAUUAA